GCCUUGCCCGCACGGGGGUGUGGUCCAGAGGACACGGCUUCCCCGCGCUCCGCGCCAGCCCUAGGGAGUUUUUUAGCACCCGCCGCGCAUUUGCACGCAGUCACCCCGGGAAGACCCCCGCGGCGCCCCGCCAUCGCCGACCUCUCCUCCCCAAACCCCUCCCUCGUGCAAGCUGAGGAGGAGAGGCGGGAAGCAUGCGGGACUACGACGAGACGACCGCCUUCUUGGGCAAGUGGGGCCCCUUCCAGCGCCUCAUCUUCUUCCUGCUCAGCGCCAGCAUCAUCCCCAAUGGCUUCAAUGGUAUGUCAGUCGUGUUCCUGGCGGGGACCCCGGAGCACCGUUGCCUGAUCCCUGACACGGUGAACCUGACCAGCGCGUGGCGCAACCACAGUAUCCCGUUGGAGACGAAGGACGGGCGGCAGGUGCCUCAGAGCUGCCGCCGCUACCGAUUGGACACCAUCGCCAACUUCUCUGCCCUCGGGCUGGAGCCGGGAGUGGACGUGAACCUGACGGAGCUGGAGAAGGAGAGCUGCCUGGAUGGCUGGGAGUACGACAAGGACGUCUUUCUGGCCACCAUCGUGACCGAGUGGAAUCUGGUGUGUGAGGAUGACUGGAAGACACCCCUCACCACCUCCCUGUUCUUCGUAGGCGUUCUCUGUGGCUCCUUCGUGUCUGGGCAGCUGUCAGACAGGUUUGGCAGGAAGAAAGUCCUCUUUGCGACCAUGGCCGUGCAGACUGGAUUCAGCUUCGUGCAGAUCUUCUCCACCAGCUGGGCGAUGUUCACCGUGUUAUUUGCCAUCGUGGGCAUGGGACAGAUCUCCAACUAUGUGGUGGCCUUCAUACUAGGCACUGAAAUUCUGAGCAAGUCGGUUCGCAUUAUCUUCUCCACGUUAGGCGUCUGUACAUUUUUUGCAAUCGGCUACAUGGUCCUGCCGCUGUUUGCAUACUUCAUCCGAGACUGGAGGAUGCUGCUGCUGGCCCUGACGCUGCCUGGGGUGCUGUGUGUCCCCCUGUGGUGGUUUAUUCCGGAAUCUCCCCGGUGGCUGAUUUCCCAGAGGAGAUUCGAUGAGGCAGAACAGAUCAUCCAGAAAGCUGCAAAGAUGAACAGCAUUGUGGCGCCAGCAGUGAUAUUCGACCCUCGGGAGCUGCAGGAGCUGAACUCCUUGAAGCAGCAGAAGGUCUUCAUUCUGGACCUGUUCAAGACUCGGAACAUUGCCACAAUAACGGUGAUGUCUGUGACACUGUGGAUGCUAACUUCAGUGGGUUACUUUGCUCUGUCUCUCAAUGUUCCUAACUUACAUGGAGAUGUCUACCUGAACUGCUUCCUCUCUGGCCUGAUUGAAGUUCCAGCUUAUUUCACGGCCUGGCUGCUCCUUCGAACCCUGCCUCGGAGAUACAUCAUAGCUGGGGUGCUGCUCUGGGGAGGAGGUGUGCUUCUCUUGAUCCAAGUUGUACCUGAAGAUUAUAGCUUCGUGUCCAUUGGCCUGGUGAUGCUGGGAAAAUUUGGGGUCACCUCUGCCUUCUCCAUGCUGUACGUCUUCACCGCAGAGCUCUACCCAACCCUGGUCAGGAACAUGGCUGUGGGCAUCACCUCCAUGGCCUCUCGGGUGGGCAGCAUCAUUGCUCCCUACUUCGUUUACCUGGGUGCUUAUAACAGACUCCUGCCCUACAUCCUCAUGGGCAGUCUCACUGUCCUGAUUGGAAUCAUCACGCUUUUUUUCCCUGAAAGUUUCGGAGUGACUCUACCAGAGAACUUGGAGCAGAUGCAGAAAGUGAGAGGGUGCCAGCCACAGGCCAGUCUCACUUCAGUCUCACUUGGCUAAAGACGUCUGGGGUCCACAGAGCUCCCACCUUUGUGUUCGACCAUUUGCUGGAAAGCCUCACAGACCUUAGGGAAAUACUUCCCUUGCCGUCAGUGGGAAUACAGACAGGUGUGUGCUGGAAGGACCCUGGGUGUGGGGUGUCUGCUCUGUGGGUUGGGGCGCUUUACUCUCCUGACAAGGAGGCAUCAAUGAUCCAGAAGAUUCUCCCCCCCCCACCCGCAAACCCUACUGUUAGCAGACUCUCCGUCCUGUGGGCUUGACUGGUCCUUUAAGGCUACCCCACCCUGCUCUGCUCUGCAGAGGUGGAGACAGCAAAACUGAAAAGCUCUGUGCUUCUAAACCGAGGCUUCUUCCUUCUGGCAAGCAGUCCCCACGCUGGGGUUAGCUAAGCGUCCCCUCAGAGAACCAGAAACAACACAUUGCCCCCUAUCACCCAGGGAACCACGAGGGAGGUAGGAGCUCUGUGCCAGGAACCAGACGCAAAGACCAGACACCCUUCUGUGACAGCACAGCUUGGCAUGAGAGAAAGGAAGAUUCUGAACUGCAUCUGCCUGGCUUCAAGUUUCAAAUUUACAGCAUAAAGUUGGAGAAAUUGAGUUUUCCCAACCCUCAGUUUUCCCACUUAGUACGUGGGAAUAUUUCACAUGGCUGCCUAUGGGUUCUGUAAAAGUGUUAGCCGUGGCUCACCAUGAAAAAGCUAAGUCUGUAUGUGUAGACCCUGCUCUGUCACAGAAUUUUACAGGUGCCUGCGUUUGAUAAGAGUUCAUCUAAACUCACUUAUAAGCGGAUAUUAGCCGAUAAUACAGGACAGCCAUCUACAGACCUAAAGAAGCUAAACACUAAAAAGGACCCUAGGGAGGAUGCUUAAAUCUCAUUCAGAAUGGCAAACAGGAUAGACACCAGAAGCAGUGGAAGAGAGGAAACAGGAUGGGAGUCUACUAUACAGGGUCCUCUGAGAGGAUUCACCCAACAGGGGAUCGAAGCAGAUGCUGAGACUCAGGGCCAUACUUUGGACAGAGGGCAGGGAGUCUUAUGGAGGAAGAGAGGGGUGGGAAUAGAGCGACAUGGAGGGGACAGUAGCCCCACAAGGAGACCAACAAAACUAAAAGAUCUGAGCCCAGGGGCUCCUGCAGAGACUGAUGUACCAACCAAGGAUCAUGCAUGGAGAGGAUAUAGACCCUUUGCUCAGAUGUGGCCAGUUGGCAGUUCAGUCUCCAUGUGGAUCUCUGAGUGAGGGGAGCAGGGGCUGCCUCUAGCAUGAACUCAGUUGACUGCUCUUUGGUCACUCACCUCUGGUGAUGUGGCCUUACCAGGCCAUGGAAAAAGAGGAUCCAGGCAGUCCUGAUGAGAUCUAACAAGCUAUGGGCAGAUGGCAAUACUGGAAACCUCCCCCCCCCACCUUCAGUGGACUAGGGGAAAGGGAUGGGGGAAGAUGGAGGGAGGGUAGAACUGGGAGGAGUUGAGAGAGGGAGUCUUGAUCGGGAUAUAUAAUGAAUAAAUUGUGAAGAAAAAAAUAAAAAAAAAAUUAAAGCUAAAAAGAAGAAGAGUUCAUCUAAUCGCCAGGCUUUGGUCGUGCACGUCUUUAGUCCCACUACUUAGGAGGCAGAGGCAAGCGAAGCUCUGAGUUCAAGGCCAGCCUGGCUACAGAGUGAGCUCCAGGAAAGCCAGGGCUACACAAAGAAACCCUGUCCCAAACAAACAAACAAACAAACAAACACGCAAACGAAAUGAGUUUAACUAAUCAUUAAAAUUCUUCACUCUCCACUCAUAUUGCCGUGAACUUUCUGCCACCCCUCUAUCCUUUCCUGAGGGAAACUGAAGAGCUUAGAUUGCGGGCAUUGUGUUUAAUCAAGAAAGUAGCUCCAAAUCAUCAAACACAGUGGGAUUUUUUUGUUUGUUUGUUUUUGUUUUUUCUUGUUAGAGUUCAUACACUUUUCAUUGGUUGAGUGGGGUAAUGUUUCCUGAUGUCAGUUUGGAGUUUUAAGAAGAGGAAUACUAAGUGUUUAAUUU